GCUCCGCUGCUGCUGGUGGUGCUUCCCAGGCGGAGGGGGAUCCCAGCCCAGGAGGGCAUCCCUGAGCAGCAGCAGCAUCACCGCCGCCGCCGCCGCCGGACGGAGCCCUUUGCCCGGGGAAAGCGACAGCAGCCCUGCCCAAAAGCUGGAGGGCAGAGGUCUGGAGGGACUGGAUCGCCUGCCGGGCCAAGGGAGAGGAGGAGGAGGCCCCCUGGCAGCUCAAGGACGGGGCUGGCUGGGCAGGCAUCAUUCUUGACUCUGAAUUCCCAGAAGGAUGAGCCAACAGGAUGAAGAGCAAACCAAUCUGUCUCACUCCCUCUUUGAUGCCUUUCUCCAUGCCAAGCGGUGCAAAGAGGUGUUGGACAGUUUUGGAGCACUGUGUAGGCAUCUGGGCCUGGAGCACACAGGUCAGCUCCAGUUUUACCACAAACUCAAGUCUUGUCUCAACUAUUGGAGUGCCAAGGCUUUGUGGACUAAGCUAGACAAAAAAGCUGGACACAGAGACUAUGAUCAGGGGACAGCCUGUGCCAACACCAAGUGCCUGAUCAUUGGGGCAGGGCCCUGUGGUCUGCGUUCCGCAAUUGAACUGGCCUUCCUGGGAGCCCAGGUAGUGGUGGUGGAGAAGAGAGAUGCAUUUUCCCGAAACAAUGUGCUGCACCUUUGGCCUUUCACCAUUCAAGACCUGCGGGGACUAGGAGCCAAGAAAUUUUAUGGCCAUUUCUGCACAGGCUCCUUGGAUCACAUCAGUAUCCGUCAAUUGCAGCUGAUCCUGCUGAAAGUUGCCUUACUCCUGGGAGUUCAGAUUCACACCAAUGUGCAGUUUAAAGGACUUGUUCCACCAUCAGCCAGUUCUAGUGAACAGGUCAGUGGCUGGAGAGCUAUAUUACAUCCCAGCUCCUCUCCCCUGAGCAAGUAUGAAUUUGAUGUCCUCAUCUCUGCUGGUGGUGGCAGGUUUGUGCCAGAAGGCUUCAAGAGGAAGGAGACUCGUGGGAAGUUGGCCAUAGGCAUAACCACCAACUUUGUUAACAAUCACAGCCGAGCUGAGGUGGAGGUGGCUGAGAUCAGUGGAGUAGCUCGCAUCUACAACCAGAAAUUCUUCCAAAACCUCUAUAACAAAACAGGUAUUGACUUGGAAAACAUUGUCUACUAUAAAGAUGACACCCACUACUUUGUCAUGACAGCAAAAAAGCAGAGUCUGCUGAAGAAGGGAGUCAUCUUAAAGGAUAAGCUGGACAUAGAGAGUUUGCUGUCUCCAGAGAAUGUAAAUCCAGAAGCUCUUCUUGCUUAUGCCAAGGAAGCUGCUAACUUCUCCACCAACUACCAGCUCCCCAAUUUGCAGUUUGCACUGAAUCAUCGCGACCAACCUGACGUUGACAUGUUUGACUUUACCUGCAUGAGCCGCUCAGACAAUGCAGCUCUGGUGCGUGACUGUAAUGGCAAAAAGCUGCUCAUUGGAUUGGUAGGAGACUGCCUUGUGGAGCCGUUCUGGCCCUUAGGCACUGGAGUGGGCAGAGGAUUCCUGGCUGCUUUUGAUGCUGCCUGGAUGGUAAAAAGGUGGGCCUCAGGGAUACCCUCUCUGGAUGUGCUAGCAGAGAGAGAAAGCUUAUAUCAGAGGCUGUCACAGACGUCACCUGACAACACCAACAAGAACAUCAAUCAGUAUAGCAUUGACCCCAUCACACGAUACCCAAACAUCAACCUUCAAGCUAUCAAGGCCUCUCAGGUCCGCAACCUGUAUGUGACAGGAGAAAUUGAAAUGGACCAGAAGAAGAGGAGAAGUCUGGACAGUCUGGAGAUAGUCUAUAAAGAUGCCAGCAGAGCCUAUGAAGAACUCCUGAGCUGGUGUCAAGCUAACACAGCAAGUUACCACAGCAUCAAGGUUGAGGACUUCACACACUCUUGGAAGAAUGGCCUGGCCCUGUGUGCCCUCAUACACCGCUUCCGGCCAGACCUUCUAGACUUCAGCUCGCUGAACCAGAAUGACCCCAUUGGAAACAACCAGCUGGCCUUAGAUGUGGCUGAGCAGGAGCUAGGGAUCUCUCCAGUCCUCUCCAGCACUGAAAUGGCUUCAAUGUCAGAGCCUGAGCAGCUUGGCUUGAUCACCUACCUGAGCCAGUUUUAUGAUGCUUUCAAGAACUCUCCAGUUAGAGACUCUCAAGAACCUGAGGAGAAAACAGCUAAACCCCUGACACCCCGUGGUACCAAGGGAGCUAUCCUGUUUCUUAGCAAGCUGCAGAAGAGUCUCUCUCUCACACGUAAAAGGAACCUGGAGGAGAAUUCCAUGUGGGAUGAACAAACCAAGAAGAAAAAACAAGAGCAUGGGAGCCCCCCUGUCGCUCCUGUGAGGAGCAGUGAUGCCUGCUAUAUCUGUGGCGAGCAUGUCUACAUUGUAGAGCGGGUCAGUGCUGAAGGGCGCUUCUUCCACCGAGGCUGUUUCAAAUGUUACCACUGUAAGACAACUUUGCGACUGGGGGACUUUGCCUUCAAUGAAGAUGAUGGUAAUUUCUAUUGCAGUCUCCACAUUGCAACUGCCACAGAUAUGGUUUCAUCCAGCAGCAGAACCUCUGUCAAAACAGGAUAUAAAGUCUGCAGUCCUUCAGAUAAAGGCAUUCUUGACUUGGCUGUUAAUGAGGAUAGAAUGGAAAUAGACUCAAGACAGCAAAGCCCAUCAUCUUUUACAAAUCAGCCACCAGCAGGCCAGCUUGAGAAAUCUCAGAAAUCAGCUGGUGAAGGAUCUGAACUUUCUCCAUCCAGAAAAAAUGGAGGUGUUGCCAUGAUAAAGUCAUCUCAACAUCUGCAUCAGCAACCCUUUGUUGCAGAGGAUGAGAAGCUGCAGAACUCUAAUUCUGAUUCCAGUUUAGCUUCAUGGGUGGGGGACCAAGAUAUAGAUUUGGGCAGGGCCUAUCCUGAAGAAGCUGCACAUGACCUAAGAAGUUGGAUUGACAACCAACUGCAGGAAGAGGCACAUGGGGACAUUGUUACAGGCAUGCAAGGAGCCAGUAUAGAUCCUGUUGUUUCUCGACAGCUGACUGUUCCAAGCCCAGUACUAGAACAAGGGGAGUGUGAGAAUGCCCAGAGGAGAAUGAUUCGCCUGUCAACCCUGGAAAAGUGUGAACUAUCCAGACUCAGUCCUAUUUCAGCCUCAUUUAAUUUUCCAGAUGAAAGUCUGGAAGAAUCCAACACCAGCAAAGACUCAGAAGAUUUUCUGGAGAUUGGCAGUGAAAGUGAAGAAGAGGAGGAGGAAGAAGAAUAUGAACCAGAGAGCCAUGACCUUGGAGCAGAGAUUCAGUUCUUGAGCUUGACUGAAGAAGGUCAUUAUCCAACAUGGAAAAAGACAUUGAUGCGACGAGCCAGAGAUGCACAAAUGAAGAGGUUUUGCAAAGCUCAGUCAAUCCAGAGGCGACUAGAAGAAAUUGAAGUGACUUUCCGAGAGCUUGAGAAACAGGGGGUGAAGCUGGAGCGGUCUCUACGGGAAGUAGCAGGAACAGAAUCUGAACUAAAGAGAGAAUGGAUGAGCCAGCUGCUCUCCCUGGUCCAAAAGAAGAACAGCCUGAUGUGUGAGGAGUCGGACCUCAUGAUUGCGGUGCAAGAGCUGAAGCUAGAGGAGCAACAGUGCCAGCUGGACCAAGAGCUGCGCCAGUACUACAAUAUGAAUGAGUCUUCAAAAACCCUUGAGGACCAGCAGGUGGAAAAGAAGAUCCUGUCUCAACUGCUGGAAGUUGUAAAUCAGCGUAGUGCCCUAAUUGAGAUGCAGGAGAAAAAACGUCUCAGUGAACUCUCUGAGCAUGUACCAAUGGUGGAAGAACUCUGAAAGAUUUAAGAGUCACCUGGCUUGAAGCCUGUGGAAACAAGAGGCCUUUCUCUUUGUGCUGAAGUUCCAUUUUGGUGCAAACAAGACAAAAAAAAGCUGUCUUCAAGAUCAGCAGCAGAAACUUUGCUGCCACAGGAACAGAAGAACUGCACAGAUGCUGCUCAAACUGUCACUGAAGGCAGACCCAAGAUGCAAUGGUGUUGCAGUGUGCUGCAAGCAGAACUUUUGCCAAUAUAACUGUAACAUUCAAUUAUUACCCAUUUUACAUUGGGGAGGCCCUGCCUGACGUAUAGCUGCACCCUGGAAGUGGAGUGCAUGUAGAUCUAUUUAUUACAUAACCACUUACUACCUGAAGUUUUCUGGGCAGAUUAAAAACAACACCGGAAUGAGAAGCUUUGAAAUAGAACAUAUUUCCUGUCCCCAGGUUAGUGCUUGAUAGCUACUCCUUGGCAUGAAAAGAGGAAGCUGGGCUGUGAUGCUGCUCCAGCUACUGAACUGUGCAUGUUUUACAGUGUAGCAGGAUAGGAUAUAUGAUUUAUUAUGCCAAUAAGAAAUUUUAUUACAUGGGGUUGCAAGACUGGAGCUGAUAUAAUGAGGCAUUUUAGUGGAGAAGUGAAGGGAACAUUUUAUGUAUUAUAGCUGUAGUUUCUCUCCCAUACUAAGCCACUCAGCUUCUCUUUCAUGCCACAGCAUGAGGCCACAAUGUUUCUGACUCCUUUAUGUUAAAUAACAUAGUUGACAAUUUACUUCUAAGUUCCUUCCCAGUGCUGACAAUACAAUGCUGCCCCUCUCCAUAGCAGGUUUGGGGAUUCUUAUUAUGAGUACUGCUGUCCAUCCUCCCUCUUCCAAGCUACUCAAGACACUUUCCAGCAGAAAACUGAAGUGGGCAGUAACAUCAAAAUUUCCAGGCUCACACAGUAUAUAUACACCCAAUUUUUCCAGGCAAAGCAUUCUCUGAAGAUGCUAGCCACAGAUGCUGGCGAAACGUCAGAAAGAAACUCUGCUAGAACAUGGCCACAUAGCCCGAAAAACCCACAAAAAACUAAACAUCAAAAGAGCAUACAAAUGUAAAGUUUUUGAAAUAAGGGGCUAUUAUUGGCUAAAGUUCACAGAAUUCCCAAGCCAGUACAGUAUGGUCAUGCUGGCUAGAGAGUUGUGGGAGCUGUAAUCCAAAAAUGUAACUUCUAAAACAUCUGUAUGGUGGGAGAGGAUCUUGUUGGGUGAACUAAAUCUGACAAUCUCCUCCAAAUUAAAAUUUAGAAUGGCAAAGGCCUGGGAGUAGCAAGUGCUUCCUUUAUUAUCCAAAUCUCAAACAUUUCACAUUGUGUGUAUACUUGUAAUAGAUUCUAAUUAACUCCCAGCUAUAAAGCCAUGCAAGUGUGGCUUACAUCUGAUACAGUGUUCCUGUAAUAGUAGCACAACCUUAAGAGAAGAUUGUUAACUAGGCAGAAGAGUGUAUUUACUGCAGGGAAGCUGUCAGAGAACUCCUGCUGGUUUGUUGCAUAACCAGAAUUGGGCUUCCUUCCAAAUUAAAAAGAAACUGGUUUCUGUUCUGAUCGGAAGGUGCCUGAAUUGAUGUAAGCAGCUGUUCCUUUUACACACAUUUUCUGCUUCAAUAAAGGUGUGUGGAGUAAACAGGAAGCACUCUUCUUUCUUUUCUUAUCCAUGUUCAUUUCACAACAGAAACUAGCCCACAGAUUGUUUUCUUCAUCUCUGCCAAGCCUUUGAGAACCCUACUGCCUAUGCUGCCUACCUUUCUAUCUCAGAAGUGAACAAAACAAAAUUGUUUUCAGGAAUGGAGUGGGAGUUAAAUUAAAUAACUAUUUCUGGAAGCCUCUGGUUGUUUACCCCUUUUUUUGGAAAUGUUUUGAGGGGUGUGUGAGUUUUUGAUAGGGUCAUUAGAGCCUAGAGGAGCAGUAAAAGGAAGGGGACAGGAGCGCAUUGAGCCUGUAGGUUGCAUUUCCCUGCCCCAGAGAUAGGGCAUGCUUACCUGAAAAUUUCAGUAACUUGUAUGCACAUUGAGCAAGACUAUCAGCAUCCUGCUUCUUGGUGCAUUCUCCAUUAUGCUGUGUUUGACAAAAGAUCUAAGGUGUAACAUUAUACAGUUCAACACAGCACACUUUGGCUCAGAACUGCUCUUUCCAGUUGGACUUUCGAAAAGGGAUGGAGGAGCAGAAGCUAAAAGGUACCUCCUUUUUCUAGUGCAUGCUGAUCUGCUACACUUCAUGCUUUUUAAAAAAAAUGAGACAAAUAUAUUUGAAAGGGUAGGAUUUUUCUUCCCUCACACAUACCCAUGUGGUCAUCUGUCUCUUUCCCCAAGAUGUUUUAAGGAACAAGCUGCAUAAAAUUCAGCCUGAAGUCUGCUAAUCCCAGCUCAAGAAGCAGCCACUGGGAUCAGGGUGGGAGGUAAUCUGUUGGCAACAGAAGGGUGUUCACAAUAUUAUGUUUUAAAAAAAGGUUUACAACCGUAUAGCAGGCUGCUAUGAACUGUUCAAUGAAGGUUCCUUAGCAUACAGUUCUGCAGAUCAGGAAUACAUGAACAUGAGGGAAAAUCUCAGGGUCAGUCACUGGCAUCUCACAUUAAAGGAUCUUGGCAAAAAAAAAAGGGGGCUGGAAAAAUCCCUCUUACCUGACAGCCUACAAAACUACUGUCAUUCAGUGUAUCUGCACCAGAAUAACUGGCAG